GUCCCAGGGGACGAUGCAAGCCCCGCCCGCCCCGCAGCUCCCCGCACCCCCACACCCCGCUGAUGUAACCUCCCAGCCCGGAUCAUGGACUCGCACGUUCCACCGACCCUGGAGGGCCUCGGAGGCCUUUUCGCCCUAGAACCGGCCGGGCGACACAGGGUCCUGGGCCUUGGGCUCCCCCUCCCCGAGCGGGGGUCACCCCAGCCCCGGGCCAGCCGGCAGACCCGACACCCCGCAGCGGCCGCUGGACACCGCCCCGGGCCUCGAUUGGCUGUUGCCAUGGCAUCACCCCGUCUUCCCGCGCAGCCAUUGGCCGCCGCUCCCGCAUCCCGCAUCUUCCCCCGCUCGCUUGGGUGGUCUCGCCCAUCGCUGCCCGGCCUGGCCCGCACCCGGCUUUGUCUGUCCCGGAGCCAUCGAUGCGCGCCGCCCGCAACCCCCCCGCGCCCCACAGCCCCGCACCCCGAGGUCGCCCCGGCCCAGGCGGGCGGGGAGCUCGGGCGGGGUCGUGGAGGAAGACCCAGGCCCGGGCACCCCCGCGGGCCCAGCCCUAGGGAUUUCAACAUCAUCCUGCCCACAGCCGCGCCAGGACUCGGGGCCCACCCCCUGUGCCCCCGCUGUGUCCCCAGACGCUGCAGCUGCUGAAGAUGAUGAGCUCCGUGGCCCCCUACGAGCAGCUGGUACGGCAGGUGGAGGCGCUGCAAGCCGAGAACAGUCACCUGCGGCAGGAGCUCCAGGAUAAUUCAAGCCACUUGUCCAAGCUGGAGACGGAGACCUCAGGCAUGAAGGAAGUGUUGCGGCACCUACAGGGCAAGCUAGAGCAGGAGGCUCGAGUGCUGGUGUCAUCUGGGCAGACGGAGGUGCUGGAGCAGCUAAAAGCCCUACAGAUGGACAUCACCAGCCUAUACAACCUCAAGUUCCAGCCCCCGGCUCUGGGUCCUGAGCCCACUGCCCAGACCCCAGAGGAAAGCCCUGUGCAUAGUUCUGGGCCAUCCAAAGACAGCUUUGGCGAGCUGAGUCGGGCCACCAUCCGGCUGCUGGAGGAACUGGACCGGGAAAGGUGUUUCCUGUUGAAUGAGAUCGAGAAAGAAGAGAAGGAGAAACUGUGGUAUUAUUCACAACUACAGGGUCUGUCCAAACGCCUGGACGAACUCCCGCAUGUGGAGACGCAGUUCUCGAUGCAAAUGGACCUGAUUCGGCAGCAACUGGAGUUCGAAGCGCAGCACAUCCGAUCGCUGAUGGAGGAACGCUUUGGCACCUCAGACGAGAUGGUGCAGCGGGCUCAGAUUCGCGCUUCACGCCUGGAGCAAAUUGACAAGGAACUACUGUCUGCCCAGGAUCGGGUGCAGCAAACUGAGCCUCAGGCUCUAUUGGCAGUGAAGCCUUUACCAGUGGAUGAGGACCCAGAGCCUGAGGUCCCCACACACCCCGAGGAUGGUGGCCCCCAACCAGGCAACAGCAAGGUGGAGGUGGUCUUCUGGCUGCUGUCCAUGCUGGCGACGCGGGACCAGGAGGACACAGCCCGCACGCUGCUCGCCAUGUCCAGCUCCCCCGAGAGCUGCGUGGCCAUGCGGCGUUCGGGGUGUCUGCCACUCUUGCUGCAGAUCCUCCACGGCGCCGAGGCCGGCCCUGGGGGUCGGCCCGGGGCUCCCGGAGCCAAGGACGCACGCAUGCGGGCCAACGCCGCAUUACACAAUAUAAUUUUCUCGCAGCCCGAUCAGGGUCUGGCGCGCAAGGAGAUGCGGGUCCUGCACGUGCUGGAGCAGAUCCGGGCCUACUGCGAGACCUGCUGGGACUGGCUGCAGGCCCGCGAGGAAGGGCCCGAGGGCAGUAGCGGUGCGGGAGGUGGAGGAGCACCUGUCCCUAUGGAGCCACAGAUCUGCCAGGCCACCUGUGCUGUGAUGAAACUGUCCUUUGAUGAGGAGUACCGGCGUGCCAUGAAUGAGCUGGGUGGGCUCCAGGCCGUGGCAGAGCUGCUGCAAGUGGACUAUGAGAUGCACAAAAUGACUCGGGACCCCCUGAACCUCGCACUGCGCCGCUAUGCGGGCAUGACCCUCACCAAUCUCACCUUCGGGGAUGUGGCCAAUAAGGCCACCCUGUGUGCACGUCGGGGCUGCAUGGAGGCCAUUGUAGCACAGCUGGCUUCCGAGAGUGAGGAGCUGCACCAGGUGGUGUCCAGCAUCCUGAGGAACCUGUCCUGGAGGGCGGACAUCAACAGCAAGAAGGUGCUGCGGGAGGUGGGCAGCAUGACCGCCCUGAUGCAGUGUGUGCUGCGUGCCAACAAGGAGUCCACUCUGAAGAGCGUGCUCAGCGCGCUGUGGAACCUGUCAGCUCACAGCACCGAGAACAAAGCGGCCAUAUGUCAGGUGGAAGGCGCGCUCGGCUUCCUGGUGAGCACGCUCAGCUACAAGUGCCAGAGCAACUCGCUGGCCAUCAUCGAGAGCGGCGGUGGCAUCCUGCGAAAUGUGUCCAGCCUGGUGGCCACGCGGGAGGACUACAGGCAGGUGCUGCGAGACCACAACUGUCUGCAGACCCUUCUGCAGCACCUCACCUCACACAGCCUGACCAUCGUCAGCAAUGCAUGCGGCACGCUCUGGAAUCUUUCAGCGCGCAGUGCCCGGGACCAGGAGCUGCUGUGGGACCUGGGCGCCGUAGGUAUGCUGCGGAACUUGGUACAUUCCAAGCAUAAGAUGAUCGCCAUGGGCAGCGCUGCUGCCCUGCGCAACCUCCUGGCGCACCGACCUGCCAAGUACCAGGGGGCCACCACCGCUGUGUCACCAGGAGCCUCGGCGCCCAGCCUGUCGGUGCGCAAGCAGCGUGCGCUGGAGGCGGAGCUGGACGCAAGGCACCUGGCCCAGGCGCUCGACCACCUGGACAAGCAGAGCCGGCCGGAGGUCCAGGCCGAAGCGGCUGCCAAGAAGCCGCUGCUGCCCCAGCUCCGCCACCUGGAUGGGCUGGUCCAGGAUUAUGCGUCAGACUCGGGCUGUUUUGAUGAUGAUGAUGCGCCCUCUUUGGCCCAUGUGGCUGCCGAGCCACCCAGCCCUGCCGUGCUGCCCCUGUUUCUGGGCAGCCCCUUCUUGCAGGGCCAGGCACUGGCCCGCACCCCGCUCCCCCACCGCAGCAGCUCUGAGCUGGACAAAAACAAAGAGGCGGGUGGGGAGACGGCGGUGGCGGCUAGAGCCAAAGCAAAACUGGCGCUGGCUGUGGCCCGGAUCGACCGGCUGGUGGAGGACAUUUCUGCCCUGCACACGUCCUCGGAUGACAGUUUCAGCCUUAGCUCCGGGGAUCCUGGGCAGGAAGCGCCGCGUGAGGGCCGUGCCCAGUCCUGCUCCCCCUGCAGGGGCCCUGACAGUGGGCAUCGUGGCCGGGCACACCCACUGCUCCGCCUCAAGGCGGCUCAUGCCAGCCUUUCCAACGACAGCCUCAACAGUGGCAGCACCAGCGACAGCCACUGUCCCCGCGAUCACCUGCGGCCGUGCCCGCUGGUUGCGCUGGCUGAGCACAGGGAUGGGCCCCCACGUGGCCAGACUCGGCCCAGUCGGCUGGACCUCAAGCCGCCAGCGAGCCAGGCUGAGGCGGCCGUCCGGGACCCCACAGCUGCCACCGAUGCCCAGGUGCGGACGAUCAAAUUGUCGCCCACCUACCAGCAUGUGCCCCUGCUGGAUGGUGCAUCCAGGGUGGGCUCUGGGCUUCUGAACCCUGUGGGGGCCAAGAAGCAGGCCUGGCUGCCAGCAGAGGGCCUGAGCCAGGUGCCGGAGAAGCUGGUGGCACAGGCGAGACCCCUGUGUCUGUCCCGCUGCAGUUCCCUGUCCUCCCUCUCUUCCACCGGACAGCCUGGGCCCAGCGAGGCUGAGGACCUGGAAGACAGUGAUUUGUCCCUGGAGGAGGUGGAGGAGGCAGGUCCUGGGGAGGCAGAGCUGAACGGGCCCUGGCAGGAGCAGCGAGCAGCCUCCCUGCCCUUGGCCAUUCCUUUUCCCCGGCGAGGCCGGGGCCUGGUGGAGGACGCCACCCCCUCAAGCUCCUCGGAGAACUGCGUGCAGGAGACGCCGCUGGUGCUGAGCCGCUGCAGCUCGGUCAGCUCGCUGGGUAGCUUCGAGAGCCGCUCCAUCGCCAGCUCCAUCCCCAGCGACCCGUGCAGCGGGCUGGGCAGCGGCACGGUCAGCCCCAGCGAGCUGCCCGACAGCCCCGGCCAGACCAUGCCGCCCAGCCGCAGCAAGACGCCGCCGCUGGCCCCCGCCGCGCCGCCGGCCGAGCGGGAGACCACCCAGUUCAGCCUGCAAUGGGAGAGCUACGUGAAGCGUUUCCUGGACAUCGCCGACUGCCGCGAGCGCUGCCGCCUGCCCUCAGAGCUGGACGCCGGCAGCGUGCGCUUCACGGUGGAAAAGCCCGACGAGAACUUCUCCUGCGCCUCCAGCCUCAGCGCGCUGGCCCUGCACGAGCACUACGUGCAGAAGGACGUGGAGCUGCGCCUGCUGCCCCCGGCCUGCCCCGAGCGCGGGGCCGGCGGCGGCGGCGGCGGUGGCAGUCCCCCCGCGCCCCAUUUCGCCGGGCACCGCCGGCGUCCCGAGGAGGCUCGGAGCCGGCGCGAGGGACACCCCGCCGCCGGGGACCAGGAGCUGGAGCUGCUGCGCGAGUGUCUGGGCGCCGCGGUCCCGGCCCGGCUGCGCAAGGUGGUGUCGGCGCUGGUGCCCGGCCGCCGAGCGCUGCCCGUACCCGUCUACAUGCUUGUGCCCGCGCCGGCGGCGCGCGAGGACGACUCGGGGUCCGACUCGGCCGACGGCACCCCGGUCAAUUUCUCUAGCGCCGCCUCGCUGAGCGACGAGACGCUGCAAGGCAACCCCCGGGACGCGCCCACCCGGCGGGCGGAUCGGAAGAAAACGGCCCCCUCCAGGCAGGUCUCCCGGCACCGGCCACAGCACAGCAAGGUCGGGGACAGCGGCACCGAGCCGACCCGGGGGACGAGCCGAAGCCGGGCGGGGUUGGAGCUGCCAGUGCGUCGGGCCCCGAGCAGCGCCUCCGCGGAGCGCGACGGAUCCCGCGGGGCCCGGUCCAGGGGGGACGGGGGGCUGCAGUCUCUGUGCCUCACGACGCCCACCGAGGAGGCCGUGUACUGCUUCUACGACGACUCGGACGACGAAGCCUCGACCGCCGCCGCGCCCCCGCGCCGGGCAUCGGCGAUCCCCAGGGCGGUGAAGAGAGAGCGCUCGGCCGCUAAGGAGGAGACCUCGCCCACGCCCACGCCCAAAGCCACACCCACGCACCGAGCAACGCCCAGAAACACGCCCACGCACCGGGCCACGGCUCCGGCGCGCGCCCAGCCCAGCCUCAUAGAGGACGAGACCCCGCCCUGCUACUCGCUAAGCUCCUCCGCCAGCUCCUUGAGCGAGCCCGAGCAGCCCGCCAGCCGGCCUCGAACCCGGCAUAGUGCGGUCACCCGGGACCACGGCCCCGGAGGCGGCCGCGAUGGCUCCCCCAGCCCGAGGGCCGAGGCCGAGUUGCUCCGCCGCUGCAUCGGCUCCGCCCUGCCCCGGCGCCGGCCUCCGGCGUCCAGCUCACGACGCCGCAAAGCCCGGGCCGCGGCCCGGCCCGAGGACCGGCGAGCCGAGGCGCCCCGAGAAGCCGCCACCACCGCCGACGAAGCUGCGGGCUCGGACCGCGCGUCUGACCUGGACAGCGUGGACUGGCGCGCCAUCCAGGAGGGCGCCAAUUCCAUCGUUACGUGGCUGCACCAGGCGGCGGCCGCCACCACCACCCGCGAGGCCUCCUCCGAGUCGGACUCCAUCCUCUCCUUCGUGUCGGGCCUCUCGGUGGGCUCCACCCUGCAAUCGUCGCCGCACAGAAAGGGCCGCCGACCGCGGGGAGACGGUCAGGCCACUGCUGCCUCGCGGCCGGACAAACGGGAGCCGCCUCUGGCCCCGCGCCCCGUCUCCGACUCCCGCUCGCCCGGCGGGGCCAAGAAGCCGCGGGGCGCGCAGAAAAACGCGUGCGGGGUGCCGGCUGUCUUGAGGGGGCGGACGGUGAUCUACGUCCCCACCACCACUCCUCGAUCGCAGACCAAGGGGGCGCCCGGCGCCGCCCGAACCGCACAGAAGAAGGGACCCACGAGCCCGGAGCAGCCAAGCGCCCCCGCUAAGACUCCUGGACCCGGCCAGCAGCGGUCUCGGAGCCUGCACCGGCCCGGCAAGAUCUCGGAGCUGGCGGCCCUGAAUCCGCCGCAGAGAAGCGCCACCCCGCCUGCCCGCCUGGCCAAAACCCCGUCCAGCAGCUCGACCCAGACCUCACCUUCCUCGCAGCCCCUUUCCCGCAAAUCGCCCCCGGCCGUCCAGGCUGCGGGGCCACUCCCUGGCCCCGCGGCCGCGCCGGUGCCCAAGACACCGGUGCGGACCCUCGUGUCCAAACAGCACAAAACUCAGAAGUCCCCGGUGCGCAUCCCCUUCAUGCAGAGACCCGCCCGGCAGGGCCCGUCCGCUCUGGCCAGACCCACUCCCGAGCCGGGUCCCCGCGGCCGCGUAGGCCCCGAGGGGAGCCCGAGCGCCCGCGGGGGUCGUCUGGGGCUGGUGCGCGUGGCCUCGGCCCGCUCCAGUGGCAGCGAGUCCUCCGAUCGCUCGGGCUUCCGACGGCAGCUGACGUUUAUCAAGGAGUCGCCCGCGCUGCUUCGCCGCCGCCGCUCGGAGCUGUCCACGGCCGGCUCGGCCACCUCGGCCUCCCAGGACGGGUCCCCGCGCCGCGGCCGGCCCGCGCUGCCCGCCGUCUUCCUCUGCUCCUCGCGCUGUGACGAACUGCGGGCGCCCCCGCGACCCGCGUCCAGCAGCCCGCAGCGUGCGCCUCCGGGCCGGCCCAGCCCCGGCGAACAGCGGCCGCCCCGUCGCACCAGCUCCGAGAGCCCCUCGCGGCUGCCGCUGCGCGCGCCGGUCCCCGAGACGGUGAAGCGUUACGCUUCGCUCCCGCACAUCAGCGUGGCCCGCGCGUCGUCCGACGGCGCCGCGCCCCAGCCCGCCCCCGACGCCGCCCGCCGCAGCAGCGACGGAGAGGCGCGCCCGCUGCCCCGCGUGGCAUCGCCGGGCACCACGUGGCGACGCAUCCGGGACGAGGACGUGCCGCACAUUCUGCGGAGCACGCUGCCCGCUACCGCGCUGCCCCUGCGGGGCGCCUCCCCCGAGGGAGUCCCCGACGGGCCGCCGCCUCGCAAGACCAGCGACGCCGUGGUGCAGACGGAGGAGGUGGCGGCCGCCAAGACCAACUCCAGCACGUCCCCGAGCCUGGAGAGCCGGGCACCGCCUCAGCUUCCCCCGGGAGCGCCCGCUUCGCUGCUCGGCAGCGACGUGGACGGGCCCUGCCUGGCCAAGGCGCCUCCCGCCGGCCCCUUCCUGCCCGAGGGCACCGGGGUACCCGCCGGCGGGUUCCCCGCCAGCCGCCACGGCUCCCCGAGCCGAUCGGCCCGAGUGCCUCCGUUCAACUACGUGCCCAGCCCCAUGGCCGCAUCCACCUCCGACCCCGGCGUGGAGAAGGCCCCCGCGCCCCUUCUGGAGUAGCGGCCAACCCGGCUGGCUUUGCCAAACCUGCUCUCGGCCAGGGAUUCCCACCCUCGACACCGGGCCCCAGGGUGCGCUGCCCACCCGAGCCCCACACCCCAGCUGGCAUUGGCCUCACAUCUCACGCGUAUCCGCUUGC